AAUGGCCGGGAGCCCGGCGCUCGCUCGCUGCUGGAUCCCCAGGAUGCGUCCCCUCUCGGAGACUUGUGCCUGGUUCCGGAGGCGGUGACAGAUCUGCGUGGCGGGCUUCUGGUUCUCGUGCCACCCCCAUCCCCCAAAUCCACUCCGAGAAAACACAUGUUGUAGCUGUAGAUAACUGUGCGUAGGACACCAAAGGCAAAAGGGGGAAGGGGAGAGACAGACAACGCAACCUUUGACAACAGAGAGCUGUUAUCGCCAUCCUAAGUAUUCGUCCGGAAAUCUGUCCGCCCUCUCGGCCCACCUUAUUUCUCCUCCUCCGCCUCCCCAUAUAGACACUCUGAUCUAUAUAACUGGGAAUGAUGAGAAGUCAGGUGGCUUAGAGAAGGAAAUGUAAGUCUCCGGCAAGUUUGAGAAAGAAAGACGUAAACAGAAAAAGGAAGAAAGAAAGAAGAGAUAAGUGAAGAAAGAAGAGAGAGAAAGAGAGAGAAGGCAGCCAACCCGCCGACUCUGGGAGUCCUCGUCACCCCCAGCCGAGGGGGAGGGUUGUUUUAAUUGUGGGUUUGGCCGACUGACGACUGGAGUGCCCUCCUCGGCCGUCUUAGUUGUAGCUGGAGGUCAUGUAAAUCGACCUUAAAAGAAUGCAUAAGCCAUAAAUUAAAAUAAACCCUCACCCAAGGGCUGAUCCAUAAGUAGACAAUAUCCAACCUGGACAAAACGAGCUUUCCUUACGAGCCGACCUAAACCGCAUCCCCCCAAAGAAUAGAGCCUAAAUGCAAAGUCACUUUCAUGAAUUCAAAGGAAAUUUACCAGUGAAUUCUGGGUGCUGGGGCUGACUUUUUGUGCAUAUUUACAUUCUAUGUCUUCUGAUGAGGAAAGGAAAAUGCUUCAAGAAGGACUUUGUGACCCCUCAUCACUUUGUAUAAGAGCCCAGAAGAAUGUCUUCCAAGCAAGCCACCUCUCCAUUUGCCUGUGCAGCUGAUGGAGAGGAAGCGAUGACCCAGGAUUUGACCUCAAGGGACAAGGAAGAUGGCAGUGUUCAACAUGCGGCCUCCCAUCUGCCUCUGCAGCCCAUAAUGCACAACAAACCUCACUCUGAGGAGCUGCCGACACUUGUCAAUACCAUUCAGCAAGAUGCUGACUGGGACAGCGUCCUGUCGUCUCAGCAAAGAAUGGAGUCAGAGAAUAAUAAGUUAUGUUCCCUAUAUUCCUUCCGAAAUACCUCUACCUCACCACAUAAGCCUGACGAAGGGAGUCGGGACCGUGAGAUAAUGACCAGUGUUACUUUUGGAACCCCAGAACGCCGCAAAGGGAGCCUUGCCGAUGUGGUGGACACACUGAAACAGAAGAAGCUUGAGGAAAUGACUCGGACUGAACAAGAGGAUUCUUCCUGCAUGGAAAAACUACUUUCAAAAGAUUGGAAGGAAAAAAUGGAGAGGCUAAAUACCAGUGAACUUCUUGGAGAAAUUAAAGGUACACCUGAGAGUCUGGCAGAAAAAGAACGGCAGCUCUCUACGAUGAUUACCCAGCUGAUCAGUUUACGAGAGCAACUCCUGGCAGCGCACGAUGAACAGAAAAAACUGGCAGCCUCACAGAUUGAGAAACAACGGCAGCAAAUGGACCUUGCGCGCCAACAGCAAGAACAGAUUGCAAGACAGCAGCAGCAACUUCUGCAACAGCAGCACAAAAUUAAUCUCCUGCAGCAACAGAUCCAGCAGGUUCAGGGUCACAUGCCUCCGCUCAUGAUCCCAAUUUUUCCACAUGACCAGCGGACCCUGGCAGCAGCUGCUGCUGCCCAACAGGGAUUCCUCUUCCCCCCUGGAAUAACAUACAAGCCAGGUGAUAACUACCCUGUACAGUUCAUUCCAUCAACAAUGGCAGCUGCUGCUGCUUCUGGACUCAGCCCUUUACAGCUCCAGAAGGGUCAUGUCUCCCACCCACAAAUUAAUCCAAGGCUAAAGGGCCUAAGUGACCGUUUUGGCAGGAGUUUGGACACCUUUGAACAUGGUGGUGGCCAUUCUUACAACCACAAACAGAUUGAGCAACUCUACGCUGCUCAGCUGGCCAGCAUGCAGGUGUCACCUGGAGCAAAGAUGCCAUCAACUCCACAGCCACCAAACACAGCAGGGGCAGUCUCACCUACUGGGAUAAAAAAUGAAAAGAGAGGGACCAGCCCUGUAACUCAAGUUAAGGAUGAAGCAGCAGUAGCGCAGCCGCUGAAUCUCUCCUCCCGACCCAAGACAGCUGAGCCUGUAAAGUCCCCAACAUCUCCUACACAGAGCCUCUUCCCAGCCAGCAAAACCAGCCCUAUCAGUCUGCCCAACAAAGGCAGCCUCCCCAGCCCCAUCGGAGGAAGUCUGGGAAGAGGAUCCUCUCUAGGUAAAUGGAAAGGUCAACACCUGGAAGAGACUUAUGAAUUAGAUAUCCUGUCCAGUCUCAACUCCCCCGCCCUGUUUGGGGAUCAGGACACAGUGAUGAAAGCCAUCCAGGAGGCUCGGAAGAUGAGAGAACAGAUCCAGCGGGAGCAGCAGCAGCAGCCACCGCAUGGUGUUGACGGCAAACUAGCCCUGAAUAACAUGGGGAUGAACAACUGCAGGAAUGAAAAGGAGAGAGCACGCUUUGAGAAUCUGGGGCCCCAAAUACCAGGAAAGCCUAGUGACGAUGGAAAGCUGGGUCCAGGUGUCAUCGAUCUUACUCGGCCAGAAGAUGCAGAGGGAAGUAAAGGAAUGAAUGGCUCCGCAGCUAAACUACAGCAGUAUUACUGUUGGCCUGCAGGAGGUGCCACUGUGGCUGAAGCAAGAGUCUACAGGGAUGCCCGAGGCCGGGCCAGCAGUGAGCCACACAUCAAGCGACCAAUGAAUGCAUUCAUGGUCUGGGCGAAGGAUGAGAGGAGAAAAAUCCUUCAAGCCUUCCCUGACAUGCAUAACUCCAACAUUAGCAAAAUCUUAGGGUCUCGCUGGAAAUCCAUGUCCAAUCAAGAGAAGCAGCCGUACUAUGAAGAACAGGCCCGGCUAAGCAAGAUCCACUUAGAGAAGUACCCGAACUAUAAAUACAAACCUCGGCCGAAACGCACCUGCAUCGUUGAUGGCAAAAAGCUCCGAAUCGGAGAGUAUAAGCAACUGAUGAGGUCGCGGAGACAGGAGAUGAGGCAGUUCUUCACCGUGGGGCAACAGCCUCAGAUUCCAAUCACCACGGGAACAGGUGUUGUGUAUCCUGGUGCUGUUACUAUGGCAACUACCACACCAUCGCCUCAGAUGACAUCUGACUGCUCUAGCACUUCUGCCAGCCCAGAACCCAGCCUCCCAGUCAUCCAGAGCACUUACAGCAUGAAGACAGACGGCGGAAGCCUGGCUGGAAAUGAGAUGGUGAAUGGAGAGGAUGACAUGGAAAUGUACGAGGACUAUGAAGAUGACCCCAAAUCAGACUAUAGCAGCGAAAACGAAGCCCCAGAGGCUGUCAGCGCCAACUGAUCAGUGUCCGUUCGCUGAAUUAAAAUAUUCUGACAUUUCACUUCCCUCCCCUCAACAAAAAGUUCUUAAAGAGCCCGCAUGCAUCUGUGGCCCCACGAUUACAUCAGCA